ACUUUUGUCAAUACUGGAAUUGGUCUAAUCUUUCCUCCCAUUUUCUGUAUCCUAAAAAUUAAAUGAUACUUGUUAAAACAAAAUUUCUUCUGAUAUUUCAAUGUCCCAAUAUCAACUUUAUAGCUGUUAGGGACGUUAGAUAUCUGAUAACAUUUCUAAUUAACCAGUAACAAGUAAAAUUCCAAAAUAACUUUUGGUUAUUCGGUUUUAUUACAUGACUUUGAAGAUGGAAGAAAAAGGCAAAGCAGGAACUACCUUAUAUAAUCAAGAUAAAAACGAUAAACUCAUUUCAAAAAAGGUUUCAGUAGUUUUAAAACAGUUUAUUUCGUUGAAGGAGAGGAAAGAUGAGAAAAGAAAAAUUGCUGAAAAAUUGAAUGAUUCAAAUGUUGAUUUUUUACAAAAGCUGAAACUACUGAAAUCGUCAAGCAACUGUAAGAAGGAUACAGAUCAACUUCAGAAUAUAAUUAACCUUGUGGAAAACAUGGAGAGACUGGAAUACCAAUUGAAAAUGGAGAAAGGUUACAUAACAGAUCUGGAGAUGAAAAUACAAAAAGCAGAUGCCCAAAGAAUCGUUGUUUGGAAACGCAAGUCUAGAAAAGUAAUAAAAGACUCUUCAUCCUUUCAGCCAGACAGAAGUGGAACUCAAAAAUCUAUUGACGUUUUAAAAAGAAAAUUACAUGCUGCAUCAGUUCAGCUAAGUACUGAAUCAUCAAAAAAUUUUGAUCUAAGAGAAAAAAUUAGAGCAUUAAUGAGUGAGAGGAAGUGUUUCAAUAAAAAUUACAACAGUUCAAUUGAAAAACUACAAAAAGGAAAAAAAAUUCUGGAAGAUUUACACGUUUCUCUAAAAAAUGCUGACCUUGCAAGGCAGAAAAUUAUAAAUAAAAUCGAAAAAAUACAGUCUAAAGAAAAUAAACUGAAGAAAAUACAAGCCGAGGAAGCUUUUGAUUUAACAAUGCAUGUAGACAGUGAAAUCCAGUGGCAAAAUUACUAUCGCAUUAAAAUCAAAAGCAGAGAAAAAGGAAAAGAAGAAAUUACAAAAUUCAGAAAAAUGACUCUUUUGAGACUUCAGUCUACCCUUGGAGGAAACUUAGAAUUAUUGAGGAAUAUCUUAUUAGUUUAUGGAAUAAAUGGUUCUAUUGAUUACACCACUAUAGAAAGUGAUCUAAUUAAAUUGAUUAAAAAAGAUAAUACUGAGUUAGAUCAACUGUUCAAUUAUGUAACUCAAUUGAGAGAUGAGUUGGAGGCUAUGCAAGAAAAGGUAUUUAUUUUAAUUAAUGAAACGGAAGAUAAAUUAAAUGAAUAUGAUGAUGAUUUAUUCACAAAAGAGAAAAAUGUAUAUGAUUUAGAGUACAGGAGGGAUACUCUAAUAGAAUCUGAGUUCAACAUUUCAGACGAUCUUAUGAGAUGCACUCGUGAUAUGAACAGGAUCUACAAAGGGAUAGAGAAUCUCGUAGAAAUUUCCAAAGCAGAUGUUUCUCCUCUUUUGGAUAUGUUGGGAGACAAAAGUACCGUCACAGCUUUUAACUUUCUUCUUUUCCUACAAGCUUUGGAAACUCGGAUAAUCUUUCUGAUGGAUUGUGUUGGUUUACCCAAAAUAUCUAUACAGAUUUCUGAUAGAUUUAAGCCUUCCAGGAAGGUAGGAAAUAGAAAGGAGAGUGGAAUCACAAUGGUAGAAGACAGAGUGACUAUCAGCCUUCCAUGUCCAGUAUGUUAUGUCUCCAGCCAGAACAGAAAGAGCACUUUGGUUUUACUAUGACAUGCAGAAAGACAUGGUUAAUAAAUGUACUGUGUAAUAUGUAUGAGAUAAAUAGAGUAACAAAUAACAA